AUGAUUUUAGUGUACUCAGAUAAUCAUUUUUCUACAAAGAAUGAUAAUCAGGAUCCAAAACAGCUGCAGCAGCCUCAUACUUCUCAUGCAUUUGCUCUUUCUCAAGUCAUGCUAAAUAACCUAAAUUGCGGGCCUUUCCUCACGCCUCUAGAACUAUCCGAACCAAACUGGGAGCUUAUAAGUGAUGCCAUUAACAGCACUUUGCAAUUCAAGGUAAAGUUGAUGGAAGAAAGGAAUAUGAAGCCACUUGAUUCAAAUCUUGCAGCAUUAUCAGCAAGAUGCAGUAAAGACUUGAAGUUGAAUUUGGCUAAGUCAUUCUUGAGUGAGAUGGGCCAAUCUACAACUCCUUAUCCAUAUAAUCGGCUGCUUGGAGCAGUAGUCUUAAAGAAUUAUGAAAAGCAAGAUGCAACUUUAAUUAGUUGGAAUUUGAUGUACAGAGUAGAUUAG